UUGUGUCGUCCUUACGCAUAGCUAGGGUUUGCGACUGCAGCGCUCGUGGCCUCUCCCAAGCGCAGCAAUCAUGGGUAGAUCGACGAGCAUUUUUAGGAUUCAAGAGCCGAAGCAAAUCCAUGAGAUCAAGGACUUCCUUCUCACAGCGAGAAGGAAGGAUGCCCGCUCCGUGAGGAUCAAGAGGAGCAAGGAUGCCGUCAAGUUCAAGGUUCGCUGCUCCAAGUACCUCUACACACUGUGUGUCUAUGACACUGAGAAGGCCAUCAAGCUGAAGCAGUCUCUGCCUCCUGGCUUGAACGUGCAGGAGGUUUAAGCUUUGGAAAUAGUGACUACAGCACCGGUGCUGGUUGCUUCAAAGAUUUGCCAAUCUACCUUAAAUUUAGUUUCUGUAUGUGACCUCCGACUGUUUUAAAUGAAUUGCUGUGAUUGAGACGAAAUGUUAUGUGGAAGUAAUGUGAUGGCUGGCGAGCCUCGAUUUGAUAUUCGAA